GUCAGCAGAAAGGGCACCAGGCUCUGAGGGUGAGAGCAGGGUCCAAGGGUUGCUGGGGCACAACAGUGGCAGCUGUCAGGAAAUACAAAAGAAGAAUGGGGCUGGAGGAAGAGGCAAAGGCCCAGCCCUGAAGACACAAUGAGGGAUGCUUCCUGCCUCUGGGUCCUGUUUCUGCUGAUGCCAGGAGCUGCUUGGACACCGGUAUCUGCAGCCUGUGGCCAGCCCCAAAGGUCCAGCCGGAUUGUGGGUGGCCGAGAUGCCCAGGACGGAGAGUGGCCAUGGCAGGCGAGCAUCCAGCACCGUGGGGCACAUGUGUGUGGGGGAUCGCUCAUAGCCCCCCAGUGGGUGCUGACGGCAGGGCAUUGCUUCCCCAGGCAGGUGCUGCUGGCUGAAUACCGCGUGCGCCUAGGGGCGCUGCACCUGAGCCCCACACCGCUUCACACACUCUCGGUGCCUGUGCAGCGGGUGCUACUGCCCCCGGACUACUCAGAGGAUGUGGCUAGAGGCGACCUAGCCUUGCUGCAGCUUCGACACCCGGUGACCUUGAGCGCCCGAGUGCAGCCUGUCUGCCUGCCGGUGCCCGGGUCCCGCCCGCACUCUGGCUCAUCAUGCUGGGUCACUGGCUGGGGCAGCCUCCGCCCAGGAGUGCCACUCCCAGAGUGGCGACCCCUUCAAGGAGUGAGGGUGCCACUGCUGGACUCACGCACCUGUGACCACCUCUACCACGUGGGCACCAAUGUCCCCCAGACAGAGCACAUAGUACUGCCAGGGAACCUGUGUGCUGGCUACGUUGAAGGCCACAAGGACGCUUGCCAGGGUGACUCUGGGGGGCCCCUGACCUGCAUGCAGUCUGGGCGUUGGGUCCUGGUGGGUGUGGUGAGCUGGGGCAAGGGCUGUGCCCUGCCUAACCGUCCGGGUGUCUAUACCAACGUGGCCAAGUACAGCCCCUGGAUUCGAGCUCGCCUCAGCCUCUGAUGCUGGUUCCUUCAGCCUCCUGGUGUAUCUGGGGUCCUGCUCACAUCCUGGCCCUUCUGACUUGAGGCCGAGGUGCUAAGGAGUCAUCUACCACCCAUCUGUCCAUCACCUGACCCCCUCUCCUCCAUGGGGCUCAUCGAAUCUCCCAUAUGUCUCAGGGGCUCACACUCCCUCCCCUCCUCAUGUAUAUUUACCCUCCUCAGCUCUGCCCAGGGAUGGGUAUGGGGCACACAGAGGUGGGCAAACCAGCUGGUGCCCCGUCUGGCCUGUGUGCCCCUUGUUUUCUGGAGGAAGUCAGGCAGAUUCAAACCAUGAGAGGCAUUCAACACCAGGGAGCAUCUCCAUUGCUGGCUUUGAAGAUGGAGGGGCCAGGAACUGUGAGCGGACUCCUGUAGC